GCUGCGGUUUAAAGCAUAAACCAAUGGGGUAGACUAUGUCCAACGAGCUUUUCCCAGCACCUCCCCGAAUUUCCGUUGACAGUUCUCAGUGUUUAUGAACAUGACUCCAGAGAGUCAAACUCACAAAGUCCAAAGAGCAGGCUGGGCUCAAUAGUCUGGUUCAAGAUGGGAAUCGAUCACAUCCUUUGGUCUUUCAUCCUUUGAGGACGCUCAACUGCGGCUCUGUGACACAGCGCACUGGAUAAUCAACCUCACAUGCAGACGUGGUACCACCAAGGACAGUGGCGGAUUUAUCGAUAAAUAAUAGUUUUUGUAUUACAAAGAUGUCUAUGUUUAUUGGCUCUCUGUUUAUUUUUAUGGAUGUCCUAUUAUAUGCUCAAUUUAAUUAUUGCAUGGAAAUAGAUUUUUGCGUACCUGUUCGAUUAGAUCAUCAACAUUUAGAAAGACAUACUAUUCGACAGACGGAGGGGAGAAUGAAUGACCAGCUAGUUGUUUUUAAAAUUACUGCUUUCAGGCAAGAAUGUUAUCUAAACCUUUUACCGGAUUCUACAUUUAUUGCGCCCAACAUCACUCCCAACAGCGGCUCCUUAGCAUCAACUUCCUCUGCAACCACAGACCUGAGCCACUGCUUCUACUCUGGUGAUGUCAAUGCAGAUCAGGAAUCGUAUGCUGCUCUGAGCCUGUGCAAAGGCUUACAAGGCGCCUUUUCUUACCAGGGCAUGGAAUAUUUUAUCAAUCCACUUGGGAACGAAAGGGCCGAAGGAGGAUAUACAGUGAAUACUGAAAGAAGAACCCAUGUCAUACGUCGCCGGGGACGCGACAGGGACUCCAGCGGCAAUUCUACCACGAACAGGUGUGGAGUAAAACCUGGUUUGACCCAAAACCUUUCAGGGUCUUUUGAGAAAUAUGAACGCAUGAAAGGACUGGAGAUGGACAGCCUGACUGAAACGGUAUUGAAGAGCCUGGGUAGAUCCAAAAGGUUUGCCUCCAUCCCUAGGUUUGUGGAGGUUCUUGUCGUGGCUGAUGAGUCUAUGGCCAAAUUCCACGGGGACGACUUAAAACAUUACCUGUUGACCUUGAUGUCUGUUGCUUCAAGGCUGUACAAGCACCCCAGCAUCAUGAACUCCAUAAACAUAGUGGUGGUGGGCUUCAUGGUGAUCAACGAAUCAGAGAAAGGACCCAAGGUUUCCACCAAUGCUGCCCUCACUCUGCGCAGUUUCUGUUCUUGGCAGAAAAAUUUAAACAAAUACAAUGACAAGCACCCUGAAUACUGGGACACUGCAAUCCUAUUCACCAAACAGGACUUGUGUGGAGCCACUACCUGUGACACAUUAGGCAUGGCAGACGUGGGCACUAUGUGUGAUCCCAAGAGAAGCUGCUCUGUCAUCGAGGAUGAUGGCCUCCCUUCGGCCUUCACCACUGCUCAUGAAUUGGGCCAUGUCUUCAACAUGCCCCAUGACAAUGUGAACGCCUGCAAGGAGGUGUUUGGGAAGCUCAAGGACAACCACAUGAUGUCCCCCACGCUGAUCCAGAUCGACCGUGCCAACCCCUGGUCUGUGUGCAGCGCAGCCAUCAUUACAGACUUCCUGGACAGAGGCCACGGGGACUGUCUUCUGGAUCAGCCCCAAAAGCUGCUGGCUCUGCCCGAGAGCCUCCCAGGCACCAACUACAGCCUCCACCGCCAGUGUGAGCUGGCCUUCGGUACGGGCUCCAAGCCCUGUCCCUACAUGCAGCACUGCUCCAAGCUGUGGUGCACGGGCAAGGCCAGAGGCCAGCUGGUCUGCCAGACACGUCAUUUCCCCUGGGCCGAUGGCACCAGCUGUGGCAACAGUAAGCUCUGUUUCCGAGGGGUGUGCACCGACAAGAGCAACACCACUAAGACCAAGGUGGACGGUGGAUGGGGGACGUGGGGUGUGUAUGGGUCGUGUUCCAGAACCUGUGGGGGAGGAGUUCAGCUGGCCAAAAGAGACUGUAACAACCCUGUUCCAGAAUAUGGGGGGAAAUACUGCAAAGGACUCCGUGUGAAGUAUCGCUCCUGCAAUUUGGACGUCUGCCCAGAAUCAGGCAAGAGCUUCCGCGAGGAGCAGUGCGAGGCGUUCAACGGAUUCAGCCUCAACACCAACAGGCUCUCAGCGUCUGUGGUGUGGGUCCCCAAAUAUUCUGGAGUGUCACCCAAGGACAAGUGCAAGCUCAUCUGCAGGGCCAAUGGAACAGGCUACUUCUAUGUCCUUGCUCCAAAGGUUGUUGAUGGAACACCCUGUUCUCCCGACACCUCUGCAGUGUGUGUCCAAGGGAAAUGUAUCAAGGCGGGCUGUGACGGCAAGCUCAGCUCCAAUAAGAAGUAUGACAAGUGUGGUGUGUGUGGAGGGGACAACCAAAGCUGCAAGAAAGUGUCCGGAUUGUUCACCAAACCCAUACAUGGCUACAACUUUGUGGUGAUGUUGCCUGUGGGAGCGUCCAACAUCGACAUCCGGCAGCGUGGCUACAGGGCCAUGGUUAACGACGACAACUACCUAGCGGUGAAGAACCGACAUGGCAAAUACCUUCUGAACGGGAACUACGUGGUGUCAGCAGUGGAGCGGGACAUCAUUGUGAAGGGCAGCCUGCUGCGCUACAGCGGCACCACUAGUGCUGUGGAGAUCCUCCAGGCCACCAGACCUCUCCAGGAAGCCCUGACCGUGGAGGUUCUCUCGGUGGGGAAGAUGACCCCGCCCCGGGUCCGAUACUCCUUCUACCUGGCUCGGGAGCACCACAAGGAGGAGAAGAUCUUGAAGAAAGUGGGGAGGAGCCACUCGCAGAACAGCGUCCUGAUGGACAGCAACAAGGUGGAGCUGAAGGGGCCGUCGCACAAGUCCAUGCCCCCGAACAUGUGGUCGACGGGGCCAUGGGAAGAGUGCACCGUGACCUGUGGGAACGGGCUCCAGAGUAGACGGGUUCAGUGUACAGACCCAGAGGGCAAAACAGCCACGGACUGUGACAGCUUACAGAGGCCCACUGCCACCAGGGUAUGUGGGGACCCCUGUCCAAUGUGGGACAUAGGCCAGUGGUCUUUGUGCUCCAAGACAUGUGGGAGGGGCUUCAAGCGGCGGCCGCUGCGUUGCACCACUCAGACUGGCAUGCACCUACCCAGAGAGCACUGCGCUGGUAUGAAGAAGCCACAGGAACUAGAUUUCUGCACAGUGCAGCCGUGUUAGAGAAGUUCUAUGUCUGCUGACUCUUUGUGUUGUUCCAGUGAUGCUCUUGAAAAGAAAACCCAUUCGCUGUCCUUUAAGGUUCUGACGGACUCCCAUAGUGCAUGGCAUUGUUGUGGAGGACUGUGAUGACAAAAUGGUAUUUGAAAGAGCUAAGGGAAAGAAAGUGGUAGACGUACAAACUGUGGGACCAUUUCAGUUGAUUUGGAGUUACUGGCUGUGUCCAAAUACUCUUACUUGUGUCCUAAGUAGUAGGGUUUUUGAGUAUGCGAAAAUAUAACGUUUUAUUGUAUGUGAAAUUUCAAAUAUUGAGUGUUUUUAAUGCCAGGAUGCCAUACUUCUUUCGGCUUUUGAUAUAAUAUGAACUCGCUGCACACUAUUGAAGAAGAUUCUUGUGUUUAUUUGAUCCAUGUGGGUUUGACAACAGCUGAUAAUCAGAAAAGGGGAACGGCUGUACCAAAAUAAACGAAAGGCGGGGGACAAGCCAGCUAUGCAUUAGAUGACACCCUCUCGGUAUGGAUGAGCCUAGUAUGUUGAUAUUUGUUCAUUACUGCAUACUUUUUUACUAAACAGUAUGUUCUAAAUAGUAUGCGGUACGGUUAGUACAUAGCUUAUUGUUUUAGUUGGCAGUAGGCAACAACGAUUUUUGACACAGCCACAGCCAGUCUACCUCUAGUGAGACAAAGAGUUAAACACACAUGCACGCACACACAGUGCUGGUCUAGGUACAGUCUAUAUAGGUCUAUAGACUAUUUACUGUAUAUGACACAAGAGACUCAAUCAACUUCAAAUCAGUCACUGGAUUAUGAUUGGAGCAGGAUGUUUGUUAUCUUGAUUUACUGACAUCUGAAGUUCACCAUCCCCAUUUUUACAGUAAUAAUCUUAAUGAAAUGUGAAGUGCAGUACUGUAUCUGCAAAAUAUAAGACCUGUUUCGUCCAUGCACUAGUUUCAAAUUAUAUGUUUGUAUUUACAAUGGAAUUGUACUAUUAAUAUUGUUAAUUGUUAAUGUAUUAGGUACAUUGACAUAAGUUCAAUAUAAAAAAACAAUCUAAAACAAUUUGAAAAGGUCUUGUUAAAAACCCUAAAAUAUACCUUGAUCAGUUUCCAUGAUUAAACAGUAAUAGUAAUAUUUCUCAUAUGAUGAUAAUGAAAACUUCUUAAUGAAAUAUCCUAUACACUUGAAAAGAUUACCAGCAAUAGGCAAUUAUCAAACCAAUUAGGAAUCGAUUUUAAUCUAUUCGGUGAUACAAUAAAUCUUUAAAAUUGGCCAAACAAUUAAAUAUUUUGAGAGAAACAAACCAUAUAUAUAAACAUCAAACGUACUGUGUGUACUGUAUAACUAAUGAUUAGUUUCAAGAAACAAUGUACUUGUAUUGUGCAAUGCGUCAUUUUCCUCUUAAUGUUGUGUCUUGAACAGUGCAAAUUUCACAAAGCUCAGAUUUCAUUCAUGUUUUCGCCAAAGUGAUCAGGAUACUGAAUUAGAGGAAACCCUUAGUACUGCAAGAGACAAAUCUCAAAUAGACAUAGCAUUGCUUUCUUACCUCCAGCAGUAGAGCGGAUACUGCUAUCCUUCCUUUUCCCCUUUUGCAUGGUCAUUUGAGAAUUUGCGUUUCCAUUAAAUACUAUUAGUUACAGUGUGUUCAGUCCAGCUAUUUCAAUGCAAUGCUGGUAAAUUAUAAUAGGAACUUUACAAGACCAUGUUACAUCAUUAGUGAUGCAAUUUCUGAUACUUUGUCCUCUCUACUGACUUUUCUAAUAAAGCCUGUGUUAUUGACAUUAAUAUGCAAUAAUAAUUGUUUUAUUGCAAUGCAUAGGAAAGUGACAAAAGGCAUUUUGUUUUGCUCUACAUUCCAUUCAGACCCACUGUAAAUAAGGGUACCUACCUAGCAGAGAGAACCCACUCCCAUGAUACUUUUCUGUUGUCUAUUUUGACAGUCUUGGUUCAGUCUUGUCUCCAUCUUUUAGAUGGUUCCUGUCAUCUUUGGAAUUGGAGCUAUUUCAUUUUCUUUUGCAUCAUGUACAGCAAAAUACUUGUUCUUUCGUCAGCUUCAUUUGUAUACUAUGUAUACAUUCAUCUGUGCACAAAUAAAUGACACGUGAAUAUUGUGUA